AUGGCGUCGGCGCUGCCCUGGCGGCGGCUGCUGCUGCUGCUGUGCCUCGGCCUGCCCUUGCCCCCGGCGGCUCUGGCUGGCGGCCCCUGGAGCAAAGCGAGCACCUCCUGCCACAGGCUGGCGGCGGGGAGCGACGGCGCCCGCUUCAGGAGCUUCCUGUGGCUGCGGCCCGGCGGGGCCCCUCGGGUGCUGGUGCAAGGCGCUUGGGACGCGCACGGGCGCCUGCUCGAUUGCGCCUGGCGCGCAGAAGCGCCGCUGACUGCCUGGUACGCGGACACCUGCCGGCAGCAGCGGCGGGAGAGCGGCGCCGGGGGCCCCUUGGAGCGCGCCUUCUGGGGCGCCGAGCUCCGGCGAGAUCUGGCCGCCUUGGCCGAGCGGCGGGACUCCUGCUGGGGAGCGGAGCGGCUGGAGCAGCCCGAGGGCGGGCGGGUCCGACGCGGCUUGACGAUGCCCGGGACGCUGUGGUGCGGAGCCGGCAACUCCGCCGGCAACUUUACCGAGCUGGGGGUUUUCCAGGGCCCAGAUGUGUGCUGUCGAGAACAUGACCAGUGUGAAGCUCAGAUCCAUGCCCUGGAAUACAAGUAUGGGAUGCGGAAUUAUCGAUUGCACACCAUCUCUCACUGCGACUGCGAUGCCCGGUUCAGGCAGUGCCUGAUGUCUCUCAAUGACACCAUCUCCAACGUCAUUGGCAUCAGCUUCUUCAACCUGCUGGAAGUCCCUUGCUUUGUCCUGGAGGAGAGUGAAGAGUGCGUGGAGUGGCACUGGUGGAGCGGGUGUAAGAGGUAUGGCCCAGUGCCUUUGGCUCACCUGGUUGAACAAAGCCACUAUGGACAUGACCUGCCGCUCAACGAGAAAUCUGACCGAGCCACAUCUCCUCCUCCUCCCCAUCCUAGAAGGCAUAGGGUCAAGGGCCAGAAGCACACUCGAAAGAACCGCCGGAAGCGCCCUGGUCAAGAGGCUGCCAAGCAGCAGAGGCUGCAUCCGGAACCUGACAAGGGGCAGGAUAUGGUCAUCCCGCAGAGCCCCAUUUCCAGGCUAGAUCUGUCCAGACCGUCCCAAGCACCCACAAGCCCAGGGACUACCCCUGUACCAUGGAGAGCUACGUCCUUGUUGCCUGCUUUGGGAGCCACAGCAGAAGCAGGUCUGUUGAAGACAGGGGCAACUUCCUUCACAGAGCAUCCAGACGUCCAGCAAGCCCAUCAGCCCACUGAAGUGGCACAGACUGUGAAGCCACUCUUGGUCCCCAGCAAACACAGAUCCACUGCUGUGCCAAGCAGCCCAGCUCCAUCCCAGAGCUGUAACUGCUACAGACGCCUAGACCAGUGCCCAUACAGGAUUGCACCCAAUGAGGUCAAGUACCAGCUGCACAACCUGGACUCCCGCAUCCUCUUCCACUGCAACUGCACCCGCAGGUUGGCCCGGUUCCUGCGCAAGACAAAGGGGCCCAAUGAGGUGGAGGAGGAGGUGUUGUCUGACUACGUCUCCCCCUCCUGUUUCCUGUUGCAAGCCCCACCAGGCUGCAUGGAAGGAGAGGAAGAGCACUCCAAUUGCAUUGAUGUAGGCAGAGCCAUCUUGGCCCCUGCCCGCCACCUCACAAACAGACUGUCACGGAAACAACCGGGUACCUCCUUCAAAAUGAAGCGGCACGAAUGGACACCGCCAGGCAGGCCUGUCCCACUCUAUGAAAAGUGUAUGCAGUUGGCACAGGCAACACAUCCCACCGUGCCUCACUGAGGUGGAGACAGAAUUUCCAAGUGGACGUUGUGUGCGGGAGGAGGGGAAGCAAGGCCUAGUAAAGACCUGAGACUGCCUGAGCUUCCCUGGUGGAACCUGCACCACUUACAGGACCCAGUGUGACUUUCAGACUGCUUCUGUUGUUCUGCAGGACUAGGAGUAGCAAAAGGAUCCCAGUAUGGGACAAAGCACUGGCAUGACUUCCACAGGCAUGAAGUGUGCGCUCUCCAUCUGCUCCCUGCUUCAGGCCUUGACUUCAAGAUGGUAAACUGCCUACUGUGUGGAGACUGGGAUAAGCUGUUAUACACAUGACCCUAUACGAGGGAGCAACCUUCCUGCAGAAUGUGGUUGCCAUAGGAUUCAAGGAGCUUGCUCAUCUUCAGCAAAGGCUGGCCUUGGACCUACCCAGGACACAUUUAUGGGCCUUGGAUCACUGUGGUGUCUCUCAGGGGUGAACUGAUCCAGUUUAACUUGAAUCAGGGGCCUGGUAGAGGAGCCAGGAAACCUGGGUUCUCCUGGUGGAACUCUGUGGGACCCUGCUUCCUAGGGAAUGGAGUGACCCUACCCCUGGCUCUUGGAACACCAGGGUCUUUCCUAGAGGGGGUGAAACUCCUGCUGCAUGCUGCAGUGUGGUUACUUACUGCCUGUGAAAUUCACUUGACACUCCCCUGGUGUGGAAGGCAGGGGCAGAAACUUCGCACCUUCCUUUUAAUUUAUUAGGAGGAGAAUGUAGCUAGGGGUACAAGUGGCAUGUAAAUAAUGUUGCAAUAAAGCAUUUUCAUUAGUUGGA